AUGGAGACAGAAGCCGCUGGAGACAGAAGCCGCGGAGACAGAAGCCGCGGAGACAGAAGCCGCGGAGACAGAAGCCGCGGAGACAGAAGCCGCGGGAGACAGAACCGCGGAGACAGAAGCCGCGGAGACAGAAGCCGCGGAGACAGAAGCCAUGGAGACAGAAGCCGCGGAGACAGAAGCCGCGGAGACAGAAGCCGCGGAGACAGAAGCCGCGGAGACAGAAGCCGCGGAGACAGAAGCCGCGGAGACAGAAGCCGCGGAGACAGAAGCCGCGGAGACAGAAGCCGCGGAGACAGAAGCCGCGGAGACAGAAGCCGCGGAGACAGAAGCCGCGGAGACAGAAGCCGCGGAGACAGAAGCCGCGGAGACAGAAGCCGCGGAGACAGAAGCCGCGGAGACAGAAGCCGCGGAGACAGAAGCCGCGGAGACAGAAGCCGCGGAGACAGAAGCCGCGGAGACAGAAGCCGCGGAGACAGAAGCCGUGGAGACAGAAGCGGAGACAGAAGCCGCGGAGACAGAAGCCGUGGAGACAGAAGCCGUGGAGACAGAAGCCGUGGAGACAGAAGCCGCGGAGACAGAAGCCGCGGAGACAGAAGCCGCGGAGACAGAAGCCGCGGAGACAGAAGCCGCGGAGACAGAAGCCGCGGAGACAGAAGCCGUGGAGACAGAAGCCGUGGAGACAGAAGCCGCGGAGACAGAAGCCGCGGAGACAGAAGCCAUGGAGACAGAAGCCAUGGAGAUAGCGGUGCUGAAAACCAACUGGCUCCAUUUUAGACAGUUGGAGAACAAGCUGAGAGAACAUCCUGGAGUUCUGGAGCAGGAACAGUCAACUAGCAAUCGUCAAAACGGUACGAUAUAUUGUCAAUAAUAAUAUCCUGAUAAGUAUCUGUUUUGAUUUAUUUUGACCUUUAUUUAACUAGGCAAGUCAGUUAAGAACAAAUUCUUAUUUUCAAUGACGGCCGAGGAACAGUGGGUUAACUGCCUGUUCAGGGGCAGAACGACAGAUUUGUACCUUGUCAGCUGGGGGAUUUGAACUUGCAACCUUUCGGUUACUAGUCCAACGCUCUAACCACUAGGCUACCCUGCCGCCACCUACACUCUAACCACUAGGCUACCCUGCCGCCUCUACACUCUAACCACCAGGCUACCCUGCCGCCUCUACACUCUAACCACCAGGCUACCCUGCCGCCUCUACACUCUAACCACCAGGCUACCCUGCCGCCUCUACACUCUAACC